AGGAGAGCACAUUGACCUGCCACGGCUCACAAGACAGAAGCACUGUAGCCCCAUCGUACCACCGCGGCCCAGCUGAUCUCCCGAAACCAACCCCUUUCCCUUUCUCAGUGACUCAGAGGAGACUCAGAGAGAGAGAGAGAGAGAGGGAGGGAGAGAGCAGAGAGAGAGAGAGUAGAGAGAAAGAGAGAGGGGGGGGGGGGGGCAUCGUCACCAGGAGGGCGUGUGAAAGGCACUUGCCCAAAGAUGGGAGGGGAUGGAGGAGUUAUCGCCGCGAAGCGGGAGUAUAUGCAGUCAUGCGGGGACGUGUUUGGAAUGAAGGGGGGCAUGGCCAAGACAGCCCUGAACCGUACCGAAACCGCCGAGCUUCGCACUAAGGUGUGUGCAAUAAGCAACGAGGUCCUCCGAGAACCGGUGGCCGCGUGCGAGUUGGGAUACCUCUACAACAAGGAUGUCUUGAUCUCUGGGUUGCUGAACCGUGACCUCAACCCUGCAUUCAACCACAUCCGCGGCCUGAAGGACAUCGUCGAGUGCAAGUUAACACCGAACCCCUCUUUCGAAAAGGAGGACCGGGCGUUUGACGGACCCGAACCGGCCCGUUUCAUGUGUCCGGUAACUCUCCAAGAGAUGAACGGCUCACACGCGUUUGUGGUACUUAUGAGCACGGGCUGGGUUAUGUCGGAAAAGGCGACCAAGGAGGUCGGCAUUGCUGGACUCCAGGAGGAGUACGGUCCCUUUACCGAGGACGACAUCGUCGGACUGGCACCGACCGACGAGGAACGCGAAACCCGGACAAGGCAGCUCAUCACCAAGAGGGAGAAGGCGCGACUCGCCAAAAAGUCUUCCAAGAAGAGCGCAAGACGGGAAAAAACCGCCGCCUCCGCUAAGGCGGGCGCAACCAAGUCAUCUUCUUCACCUCCCUCUGCCGGUGCCGGUGUGAUUGGCGAGCAACCUAGCAAACCAAGCGCAUCCACGGGCGACGAGGCGCAAGAGGAUGCGGCAGGUGGGGAGAGCAAGAAGGGCAAGAAGAGAAGACGAGCGCUAGAGAAGGAGGCGGCAUCGGCGGCGGCCGUCGCUGCUAACGGAGCCAGUGCGGGACCGAACUCCGCAAGACUCGCAGGCGCCGCGGCGGAGGCGGUGAAGAAAAACAAAGAAGCGAGCAAGGUGUAUGCGUCACUGUUCGGAAAGAAGGACGUUUCGAAUGAACAUCUAUUCAUUGCUACGGCGGGACACCGGUACAAUCUCGGGUAGCCGACUC